GAGGUGUCGAUCCCGCCUGCAGUUGGAUACCAGGCAGUACUAUGGCGGAGAAGACGCAGAAGAGUGUGAAGAUUGCCCCAGGAGCAGUUGUGUGUGUGGAAAGUGAAAUCCGGGGAGAUGUGACCAUAGGACCCAGAAUGGUGAUCCACCCCAAGGCGCGGAUCAUUGCCGAAGACAGGCCCAUAGUGAUUGGGGAAGGCAACCUGAUAGAAGAGCAGGCCCUCAUCAUAAACUCGUACCCAGAUGACAUAACUCCAGAUACAGAGGAUGCAGAACCCAAGCCAGUAGUCAUCGGCACCAACAACGUGUUUGAAGUUGGCUGUUAUAUCCUGUGCAAUAAUCUGGGAUAA